AUGCAUCCGAUAUCUGACGUUCUGCCCCGCCGUCCAACAGGCAUAUCCGCCGAAUCUGCGGCCCGCAGCACCGCCACAGGCAGUCUGACGCGGAUCCACGAGACGCCGGUCUCGACGCUGGACGCGUCCCUGGCGGUCAACGUGCGCGGGGUGUGGCUGGGCACCAAACACGCGGUCGCGCAGAUGCUCACGCAAGAGCCGCGGGCGGCGGCACCCGCCGGCGCCUCGCGCGGCUGGGUCAUCAACCUGGCGUCGAUCCUUGCGUCGACGGGCCUCGUCGGCGCGACGUCGUACUGCGCGAGCAAGGGCGCGGUGCUGAAUCUGACGCGCGCGGCGGCGCUCGAGUACGCGCCCGACAAGAUCCACAUCAACGCCAUCCAGCCCGGCUUCACCGACACGCAUUUCCUCGAGACCCUGUACGCCACCGCGCCCGGCGGCCGCGACGCCGUGCUGCAAAAGCUGAACGUCGCGCAUCCUUGGGGCCGCACCGGCAGGCCCGAGGAUGUCGCGCGAGUGGCCGUCUUCUUGGCCGGCGACGGCGUCGGCUGGGUCACUGGCAGCAGUAUCGUCGUGGAUGGCGGGUACCUUGCUCAGUGA